GGAAGUCCGGGGUUGACGAUGGCUGUGUUGUUGAAGGGCCUGUAGCUGGGGGGCCAUCUGGCCGGAUCGCGGUCUACUCUUAGCGCAGCCUCGUUCCGGACCCCAACCCGGCCCGGAACACUGGGCGAGACGGCGGUGGCGACUCUCCCCUUGCCGCCAUGCACGACGCUUUCGAGCCAGUGCCGAUCCUAGAAAAGCUGCCUCUGCAAAUCGACUGUCUCGCUGCCUGGGCUGUUUUUUUCCCAGAGGAAUGGCUUCUUGUGGGAACCAAACAAGGACAUCUUCUUCUCUAUAGGAUUCGGAAGGACGUUGGUUGCAACAGAUUUGAAGUGACACUAGAGAAAUCCAAUAAGAACUUCUCCAAAAAGAUUCAGCAGAUCCAUGUGGUUUCCCAGUUUAAGAUUCUGGUCAGCUUGUUAGGUAAGAAAAGGAGUUGCAUUUGUAUCCUGUGUUUAAAAAGAAAAGAUAUGACUGAUUAACCCUUUCAUGGUUAAUUUGAUAGUGGUUACUUAACAAUGAACAGACGUGUUCCACACCUGGUAUGACAGGGUACAUGGGUAAUAAAGGCAGCAGCAUCCUCCAUAAACUGGAACUCUCCUCUCCAAGGAAUCUCACUUUAUUCAUUCAUUCAUUC